AUGAUACGCCGCCGAUCACCUCAUGACCGCUCAGAAGGCCGCCACGAAGGCCUUCAGGCGAGCCUCGCAGAGCUGCGCGGCCGCGGCGGUGAGCUAGGAGUUCACCUGGUCGAUGUAAGAGUGCGUGGACGAGUCGUUGGGCUUCUUCAGCUCGGUGGUGGCAAACUCAGGCAGCGCGUAGCCGACCUUUCCGUUGAUGUUGGCGUACAGGGCGUCGAGCUUCUGGGCAGAGGCCGCGGACGGGCUGGAGAAAUUGCCCUUGGCCUCCGCGGCGAUCUUCUCCACCUCGGCGGCCUCGGCGGCGGUGGCCAUGGAGGUCUGCUGGAAUUCCUUCUCCACGGCCUGCUGCGCAGAGGCAACGCGCUCCGGCAGGGUGCCGGUAGGGAGGAGGAGGAGGAGGAGGAGAAGGAGGAGGAGGAAGAGGAGGAGGAGGAGGAGGAGGAGGACGGAGGAGGACCCUGCAGGGAGCCGAAGGCAUCGUUGACAUGCUUGGCCACGGGGUCGUCGCUCGCCGUCAGAGGCUCGCCCGCCAGGCUCGUCACGGCCGCCGCGGAGGCGCUGUCCUGA